UGUGAGUUUCCCGAGUUGAAAACUGACGAUUUUCGGUGAGAUUGUAGGUUUUGUGCUUGCUAAGUAAGAUGAAAGUGUUGAUGCUAUUGUGCGCUUUGUGCGCCCUAUCCAGUGCUACCGAGUUUGUGGAUGAUCCAGACGUAGAGCUACCAUCGUUUAUGCGCAUAUGCAACCGCGACGACCCUGAACUUGGACAGUGCCUCAAGGAUUCCAUUGAGCGGUUGCUUCCAGAGUUGAAAAAUGGUAUUCCAUCGAUCGGUUUCCCUGCCAUCGAUCCAUUCACCCAGGACAGUAGCUACUUCGAGUACAAGAAUCAGCAAAUGUACGGAUCGUUGCACAUCAAGAGCGCCAAAACGUACGGUUUGAGCCGUGCCAAGAUCCAGAAUGUCCGAGCAACAGCAGAGGAUGACUCCUUCGCCAUGGAAGUGGACGUUCAGUUUCCAAAACUGAUUACCGAAGGCAAAUACAAGGGCGAAGGACGUUUCAACGCCAUCAAGGUUGUGUCGAAGGGAUAUUUCAACGUCACCACCACCGAUGUUACGACCACAUGGAAAAUUUCUGGCCGUAGUACCCAGCGUAAUGGCGAAACAUAUGUCUUGAUAGAUAAAUUCGACAUGAGUCCAGAAGUAGGUGAUAUGAAAAUCUUCGCCACCGGACUGUUCCCCGAUCCAGGACUAAAUCAAGUCGCGCUGGACUUUGUCAAUCAGUAUUGGCCGUCACUCUACAAGGAAAUGCUUCCGGAAACGCGUCGAUCCUGGGAACCGAUCAUGCUGGAUGUGAUCAACAAGAUGUUUAACCGAGUUCCUUACCGAAGGCUGUUGCCCAAAACUGAAACGGAAUAAAAAGAGGAUACCCAGUGUAUGUACUAUGGUGCAAUGUUGAGCUACUAUUGCGAAUGUGAUAUAAAUAAAAAAAAAUGUUGA